AUGACUAUAAAAGAUAACGUUGAAGAGUUAAGCGUUUCGAAUGCAGCGGAACCAGAGGAACAAACAGUGAACCAACAACAAUUACAACAGGAGCAGCAACGAGAAAAACCAGCUUUAUCGAUUCGUUGGGCUCCAGUGUUUGAUAUCCCUUUGGAAAGACGCCUGCAGAUGAUGGCUGUCUGUAUUUGGUUUCUACUGAUGGCUGCCUCCUUUUUAUUUUACACCUACCUCUUUCUUGCCCACAGGUUUCUGUGGCCCCUGUUGGUUGCCUACACCAUCUUUAUUUAUAUGGACAAAGCACCCGAAGCGGGUGGCAGACGUGUCGAUAGUUGCAGGCAUUGGAAACUCUGGAAAUAUUUCGCAGACUACUUUCCAGCAAAACUUAUCAAAGAGCAGGACUUGGAUCCAACCAAAAAAUACAUCUUUGGCUAUCAUCCUCACGGCAUCAUCUCUGUAGGCGCAUGGAUUACUUUUGGAACAGAAGCCACCCAUUACAGCCAGUUAUUUCCAGGCAUUCAGACAAGGCUACUCACUCUCACUUCAAAUUUCCGCAUUCCCUUCUAUCGUGAUUUGAUCCUCAGUUUAGGUCUAGCGUCCGUUUCCAAAAAGUCUUGUGAGACGAUCUUGUCGUCGAAAGAACCAGGGGCUGGAUCGAUUGCCAUUGUGGUGGGAGGAGCAGCAGAAUCAUUGAAUGCACGGCCUGGUGUAGUUGAUUUGGUCCUACGAAAAAGAUUAGGGUUUAUACGACUGGCUAUCAAACACAAAGCAGAUCUUGUUCCUGUGUUCUCUUUUGGAGAGAAUGACAUUUACAAUCAAAUGGAGAACUCAGUAGGUAGUAGACUUUACAAAUUUCAGGAAUGGAUAAAGUCUGUCUUUGGCUUUACAUUGCCUUUGUUUCAUGCUCGAGGCAUUUUUAAUUAUGAUGUUGGAUUGAUACCUUUUCGACACCCUAUUGUCACUGUUGUUGGUAAACCUAUCUCUGCUCCUGAAAUAGAGGGUGCUGACCUAUUCGAGCCUACUACCGAGCAAUUGCUGGAAAUUCAGAGUCGAUAUAUAGCAGAGCUUCAAUCCAUUUAUGACAAGUAUAAGGAUAUUUAUGCAAAAGAUCGUAAGCAUGAACUUCGAAUUAUUGGUUAA